UGCGGCAAUAUUCAGUUUGUGCUACCCCGUCUUUUUCGCCCUGGAGCGACCUCCUCGCCAUUCCCAAUCUCUCUCUCUUUCUCUCUCUCUCUCUCUAAUAAUCCUCUCUCAAUCCCCAAAUCCAUAUCCUCGAUCUCUUUUCCCCAAUUUAUUUUUUUUGCCCUUUCAAUCGAUUACUGUGAAUGUAGGCUCGUAUAUGUCCAACACAAUUAACGAUCGAUGGGUGGUGGUGGCCAAUUGAUCUCCGUUUAUCCUGAAGAGCUCACCUUCGAAUUUGAGCUAGAGAAGCCAUCUUAUUGUAAUCUGAAGGUGGUUAACAACACCGAACACCAUGUGGCCUUCAAGGUUAAAACGACGUCGCCGAAGAAGUAUUUCGUUCGACCAAACACAAGUGUGGUCCAACCGUGGGACACAUGUACCAUAACAGUCACUCUUCAAGCACAAAAAGAGUACCCAAUUGACAUGCAAUGCAAGGACAAAUUCCUCAUACAGAGUACUAAAGUCCCUCCAAACGCCGAUAUCGAUGAAAUCCCUCCCGAUACGUUCAAUAAAGAGGGGGAUAAGGUGAUAGAGGAAUUGAAGUUAAGGGUCGUUUACGCAAAUCCAGCAGAAAAGGAAUCUGGUCUUACCUCAUCCAGGAGCUUGAAAAAAGGCUCUGACGAUCUCAUGAUCCAGACAGUGCAGCGUCUGAGGGAGGAGAGAGAUGCCACUAUUCAGCAAAAUCAUCAGUUGCAACGUGAACUGGAAAUGCUGAAGAGGCGCAAGAACCGUAAAAGAGACGCAGGCUUCUCAUUGACCUUCGCUGCAUUCGCUGGACUCAUCGGCUUGCUGCUCGGCUUCAUAAUGAACCUGGCACUAUCUUCUCCGCCUGCUGCAUAGAAGGACAUGGCAUGAUCUCUUUACUUAGUUCGAGCCUAAUUGUCUACUUGGCUUGAAAAUGGUUUGCUAGCUUGUUAGUAAAUUACAAGCCCCAUUAUCUUCUCUGCGAGAGGACGUUUGGUUCUUCGAAACCGGUUUAGUUAUCGCAGCCUCGUAGAAGCUGCUUCCUAAUGUUUAUCUAGUUUGAUGAUUUGUGAGAUGUAUUCUUUUGUUCUUUGCCUUGUAAUUACAUCGUCGUCGUGAGCGGCGAAAGGUGUGUGGCGCUCUCUCAUUAUAUCUUCUGCAGUGGUUGCUCAAACUUUGAUUUGUUUUCUUUUAUCUGUGCUGUGUCUGAUAACUGUACAAAUAACUUUAUAUAUGUUUGAAACUGUGGGGAUUGAUUGUUUAUUUAUACUUUAUAGUGCAAAAGCUGUUGUGCGU